UUCAGUGGAGCCAUUUGGCUCCGCUGGUCUCACGGCUUUUCCUCCCUCUGCGCUCAUGUGUUUCCGCGCUCCACGAUGGAUUCUUCGUCGGCAGGAAGCUCCGUCCCAAACGACCCCGGAGGAGAAGGAGGGGCAGGCGGCGAUGAGGAGUCCCUGUUGCGGCUCCUGCGGAACUGUCAGCCGUGGACCACGCGGUUCCGCCCGCUCCCGCCUCAGCCUCUCCUCCUGCAGGCGCUGCCCCGGCGGGGCGCCUUCCAGCCCCCGAGCGCAGCGGCUGGCGGCUUGAGCCCCGGCUCCCCUUCGCUGACGCCCCUCUUCCCUUUCUCAUGCCUGCCCUCUGCCUUCAUGGGACCCCCGACCCUGCAACCUCCUCCUCCUCCUCCGCCUGCCCUUCCUCUGCCCCGGCCGCUGCCCCGGCUCGCCGCCCCUCUCGGUGCCAAGCUGCACUCACUGCGACUGCGCCUCCUGGACGACGGAGGAGCCUCCUCCAGCAAAAGCAGCCCGCCGCCGCCCCACGACUCGGAGCCCCGCCAGCCCCGCUACUGCUUCACCGCCCAGGAGCUCCACGCCGUUCUCUACGGAGCCCUACCCGACGGGAGGCAACAGCGCGCCCUCUCCACCGCGGGACGCCAGCCUCGUAGCCCAGGAGCUGCUGAGUGUCAGCCCCCGUUGCUGGACAGGUCUACCCUACAGCUCCCCGAAGGGAUGACGGUCUUGCAAACGCUGACCGGGGACGGUCCCCAGCUGGGCAUCUUCUGCACCGAGACCAUCCUGAAGGGAGUCCGUUUCGGCCCUUUCCAGGGCAAAGUGGUGAACACCAGCGAGAUCAAGACUUACGACGACAACUCCUUGAUGUGGGAGAUCUUCGAGGAGGGCCGCUUGAGCCACUUCAUCGACGGCAAAGGCGCCUCCGGCAACUGGAUGGCCCUGGUGAACUGCGCCCGCUUCCCCGAGGAGCAGAACCUGACGGCCCUCCAGUACCAGGGCCAGAUCUAUUACGAGAGCUGCAAAGAGAUCGCCCCCGGGCAGGAGCUGCUGGUCUGGUACGGCGACUGCUACCUACAAUUCCUGGGCAUCCCCAUCAGCCUGAAGGGGGGGACUGCCGAAGACAAGCAAGCCCAGCAGCAGAGCGAAGAGACUACAGAGGGCUACAAAUGUGAGCGCUGCGGGAAGGUAUUCGCCUACAAAUACUAUCGGGACAAACAUUUGAAAUAUACACGGUGUGUGGACCAAGGAGACAGGCAGUUUCCUUGCCAUCUUUGCAGCCGAUCCUUUGAGAAAAGGGACCGUCUGAGGAUCCACGUUCUCCAUGUCCACGAGAAGCACAGACCUCAUAAAUGUUCUGCAUGUGGAAAGAGUUUCUCUCAGUCCUCCAGUCUAAACAAACAUAUGAGAGUGCAUUCUGGUGAACGGCCUUAUAAAUGUGUUUAUUGCAACAAGGCCUUUACCGCCUCCAGCAUCUUGCGCACUCACAUCCGCCAGCAUUCGGGAGAGAAGCCCUUUAAGUGUAAACAUUGCGGUAAAGCAUUUGCUUCGCAUGCUGCCCAUGACAGCCAUGUGCGGCGCACGCACAGUAAUAAAGACAAAGGCCGCACGUGUGCACUGUGCGGCAAAACAUUCCUAGAGCCAGAAGAAUUCCACUUCCAUAUGAAGAUCCACGCAACUCUUUAGACAGCAAGAGAAUGUUGGGUCCUCACAAGCUCUAUAUGCAAUUGUAUGGUUUCAUGUGUGUCUCUAAAGGAGACUUACCUACCCAGUGACUGUGGGAUCAGGCGGCCUAAAAGUCUCAAAUGUGUGUAUUGCUACAAAUCUACAACUUCUUGGGAUCUGUUCACAGAUCCCUACAGAGGGAGCUAUCUGAGGACUAUAAAGAAUUCUGAGGUUCCAGAGACCUUGUGGGUGACCUUCAUAACAAAUUAAUAUGCAGUUCUUCUGGUGAAUAUUUCUGUACUCCCAAGAUGUCCCUCCACCCCGGGCCAUCAACUAUUCAUGUCUAUGGCUGAGUCAGAGGGAAAUGGAUUUCCAAGUGAUUUAGUGAAUUUACCCUGAAAUGGAUACCCAAACUUCAUCUAAAAAACAGUCCCAACUGGCAAAUUUUAAAAUGCUAUUUAGGGAUUCCAUUGGCUGAAAUUCUGAAAAGAAAGUUCACCAGAUAUUGAUAGCUGGCAUAUAUGUAUCUCCUUUGUCUAUUGAUGUGUUGUCUCUGUGUGGCAUCUCUGGCUACUGCUGAACAGAGUGCUAUAAUUAAUGUAUUUCAACUUUACUUUAGGAAUGCCUCUUGCAAUAUGACACUUGUUUCAUUCUCACCUUCCAGUAUUUUACAUCUGCAGAGAGAACUUGCUUAGAACAGUAGUGCAUUAUUUCUAAAGUGAGAUACACUUAUCAAGGGAGCAUUUCAUAUUGUACCCAGGCUUGAUUUUUAAAAUAAAUCAAUUUUUUAAAGUAAAUAUUGUUUAAAUUACUCUUGCAAUCUGGCUUUUUAAAAUUCUAAAGUAUAGAAUCUAUUUUGUUGGAGCAAGAGAUUUUUAACAACAAAAUGUGAAAUUUAGUCUCCUAUUAUAAAUAUUAAAUAGUACUGAGGCAAAUGUUCUGAAUAUCAACUUAUUUGCACUUUAAGUGGACUGGGGGGAAAGCUAUGUAGUAUUGUCAAAAGCAUCUUCUCUAGUAAAAUGAAUCAUGUAGGCUUUGUGCACACGUGAAAGGAAUAUGGAACAGAAUGUGUGCUGAUGAUUUGAGGGCUCCCCUUUAAUUAUGGUGUGACUCUCAGCUGUCAUAGGAAGUAAAAUGACUUUUUGUUUGGCAUGCCUAGCCAAUGGUUUGCACUGACUUUAUUUAUUUUAUUGUUGCUCAUAAGUGAUGUCUUCCUUGCUGUUUUAAUAUUUAAAGUCCUGUAAAUAUGCAUAUUUAUUAAAAAUUUAAACCCUU